AGCUGCUCAACACCUGCUCGCCAUGUGUCCCAAAGCGUUGCGAUCACAGCCCCUAGCGGAGCAAAUCUCGAACACCCUUCUGCCAUCGCCAUGGCGUCGUCAGACCACCGGGCAGCAACCCGCUUUCUGCACCUCUCCAUCGCCUCGCUCUUCGCCAGUCUUGCAACCGCCUCAGCUGUGCUCACGUCAACCGGCCUGUCCGUGAGGCUGAACAAUGUCGACUACUAUAUCUCGCCCUUCUCCUCGGGCAAGGUCUUCGUCCCGAAAUGCUCUCUCAAAAAGGUCCCCGAAGUCGUUGGCUUCAAGCCGGUUACUGUCGUGCAAGGCCCUCUCAUUCAGUCAGAUCUCUCACAGCUCUUCUCCAAUUGGACCCUUGCAGAUGAUGUCUGGCAGCCAGCAUUCUCCGAGGCCAUCUUCAUGGCCGAAUCCCAGUGUAGCUACGGGCGGACCAACUCCACCUCGAUCAUCUCCUUGAAAAACACGCAGAUUCCGUCGGGGCCUUACUUCCUCGAAGUCGCCACCGGAUCGCUGUAUCCUGUAUACCGGUUGUAUGAGGAUUUCGCAGGAGCCUUCACGGAACCCCUUAUCCCGACUCCGGAUGGCAGGUUCCAGCCCCUGUCUGCCAAAAUCCCCGGCUCUUCGUCCCUCACCGUCGGCGUGCCGUCGAGACUCUACUUCACCAAGACGGCCGAGAAGCCACUGGCCGGUGUCCGCCUUGGUGUCAAGGACAUCUACCGUCUUGCGGGCGUCAAGGGCUCCAACGGCAACCGCGCAUGGUACAACCUCUAUCCCGCCAGCAACGUCACCGGAACUGCCGUGCAAAGGUUGAUCGACGCCGGCGCGCAGGUCGUUGGCCUCCAGAAGACGUCACAGUUCGCUAAUGGCGAGACUGCCACGGCUGACUGGGUCGACUACCAUGCUCCAUUCAAUGCCAGAGGAGACGGCUACCAGGACCCGUCGUCUUCGUCUUCCGGCGCGGGUGCUUCUGUCGCUUCCUACGAGUGGCUCGACAUUGCCAUCGGAAGUGACACGGGCGGCAGCAUCCGUGGGCCCGCGGGUUCCGAGGGGUUGUUCGGUAACCGUCCUUCCCACGGGCUGGUCUCGCUGGACUCAGUCAUGCCCUUGGCCCCGACGCUUGACACACCCGGUUUUCUGGUCCGCGACCCUUACAUUUGGGACGCCGCCAACGCAGUCCUCUAUGGGCAGAACUACACCUCCUUAGCGAGCGAGAAACCCAAAUAUCCCAAGCGGAUUUACACCGUGGGCUUCCCUGCUGCCCCAGACACGCCCGCGGACAAGCUGCUUCUCGACUUCGUCAGCGCCCUCGCCACCUUCGUCGGCGGCAACACGACCGCGCUGGACCUCGAAGCCCGAUGGUCCGCCACCAAGCCCGCCUCGGCUGGCAAGGAGACCCUCAGAGAGCUCCUCAAUACGACAUACGCGACCUUGAUUGCCAAAGAGCAGACGCCCCUGGUUCGCGACCCCUUUUACCACGACUACGCCGCCGCCCACUCCGGCCGCCGCCCCUUCAUUAACCCCGUCCCCUUACGCCGCUGGGCCUACGGCGACUCGCUACCCUCCUCAGCCCUCGAAGCCGCAUACGCCGCCAAAUCCCUUUUCCAGUCCUGGUUCAACACCCAGAUCCUGCCCCCUUCCCCUUCCCCCGACGACGACGCGGAAUGCUCGUCCUCGCUGAUCGUCUACGUCGGAUCCGACGGCAGCCAGUUCCCACGGAAUCUGUACCGCGGCGCGCCGGGCGUGCCGCUGGGCUUCGGCACGUCGAGGAUAAGUGUCUUUGCCGGCGUUCCGGACUCGGUGUUUCCCAUCGGCGAGGUUGGGGAGGUGAGCGGGAUCACGGGCGUCGAGGAGAAGUUGCCGGUUGCCGUCGAUGUGAUGGCGGCGGCGGGGUGUGAUGGCUUGUUGGCCCGGCUGGCGCAGGAGUUGGUGGAGGUCGGUGUGCUGAAGGUGCCCAGGGCUGGUGGGACGUUGGAGGGCGGGGAGGUGCUUAUGAGACGGGGUGUGCUUGGUGACAUAUGGCAGUGAGGGAUGCGGUAAUCAACGUGACGGUCCUGGGUAUGUGAUUAAUUCGAGUGUAUUGCAAUAGCGAGCUGAAGAAAGAGUGCCAUAAAAGUGCAACAUG